UGCAGAACAAGCUCAAGGACAAAAGCGAAGCUCUGGCUGACUGGAAGGAACGCUAUCGUCGCCAAGACACUUUCCAGGGGUCUCCAUCUGUCUUUGACUGACGGUCGCCAAAGUCGGAAGGUCAAUGCAACGAUUGUUGUCGGAACUCGUGAUAUCGGUGAAUCUUUGCUGAACGACGAUUACUUCUCCAACAUGAAUUCACGAGCCAUGCGAAGGAUUGUCAGCGCCCUAACACUGACUGGCAAGCUUAUGCGAGCUUUUGAGAUAGAGUUUUCUUGACCAUCGCUUGGUCACUUGGUUUCUUUGCUGGAACAAUGGCCAAGCCGGAUGUGUUGGCUCGAUCAAGCACUUGAUAUUAGUAAUAACAACUUGACGCUGCGUCGGGCUUCAUUGACCUGGUUUCCUCAGACAUGUUUCUGCUCUGCAGAACGUCAUAAGGCAUUGUUCAGACCGCGCCGGUACCCAUCUGAAUCCGCCUUAACUGCCGGAACGUGUCGCAACC